CCCACCCGGCUGCUAAGCCACACCGCUUUGCAGUCACAAUGGCUUAGACCUUAAAUACACGGACUCCCGGCCCUGCCGGCCUUUCAAAGCCCCUCAUUUUGGCAGAAAUUACAAUGUCGACCACCCGAAAGCUAAAGAGUCAUGGCAUGAGGAGAGGAAAAAACCGAGUUCCUCACAAGGGUGUCAAGAGAGGAGGUAGCAAGAGAAAAUACCGGAAGGGCAGCCUGAAGAGCAGGAAACGGGGCGAUGAUGCAAGUCGCACUUACCGCUCCCACUUGUGACGCGGCGACGCACUCUGCCCUGGUGGAACUUCAAACAGCACCAGGCAGCGACGGAAGAGCAGAGGGGGACUGCCACAGAGACCGGAAGUUAGACCAAAGCCAGAGAAAGAUCCCAUCGAGAGUGGGUAAAAUGCCAGGCAUGACGAAGUAAGGGAUGUAUAUGUUGGCUGUUUCUCCCCAACAUCUCAAUAACAAUUUUGAAAACAAAAAUAAACUUGUGAAAACUUGAAA